AUCUCAACCGGACCUACUAAUAUUCAGAAAUUCCGAUUUGGAGGUUUGGAGCAAGGAAAUGAUUCAGUAAUGGAGUAUUUUGCAAAAGUAAAAAAAUGUAAUGACUCGCUUGGAUAUGAUGAAGAACAUCUUAAACAUCAAUUCCUUC